AUCCUCAACGCGUUCCACAAUUUUUCCAUUUCGUUUUUAUUUUUCUGAGCAAAGCCAUCGUUCGACAGUCGCCAUCUCGUCGGCGUUCCGUGUACCGAUCAUCAGUUCGUCCUUCAUUGUCUCUCUCAGUCUAUUCCAUCGUUCUUCGCUUUUGGAAUCAUGGAACACGCAGCCUCCAGAUCCGAAUUCUUGGCGACCUACGAAUCUCCGCAUCCUCUCUACGCCAUGGCCAUUUCUUCCCCUCACGCACACUCUCUUAAUUUCUCCAGUCGCAUAGCGCUUGGCAGCUUCGUCGAAGAGUACAACAACCGCGUCGACAUUGUGUCUUUUGAUCCAGAUUCUAUCUCCAUUAAAGCCAAUCCUUCCCUCUCCUUUGAGCACCCCUACCCACCCACCAAGCUCAUGUUCAAUCCCAGUCCCCUCUCCUCUCUCUUGGCCUCCUCCGGCGACUCUCUCCGCCUCUGGAAACUCGGAGAUUCUUCCAUCGAACCCCUCUCCCUCCUCAACAACAGCAAAACCAGUGAAUUCUGUGCCCCGUUAACUUCCUUCGACUGGAAUGAAGUUGAGCCCAAGAGAAUUGGAACCUCCAGUAUUGACACCACUUGUACUAUUUGGGACAUUGAGAAGAGUGUGGUGGAAACCCAGUUCAUAGCUCACGACAAAGAGGUUUAUGACAUUGCUUGGGGGGAAGCCCGGGUUUUUGCUUCUGUUUCCGCUGAUGGGUCGGUAAGGAUUUUCGACAUGAGAGAUAAGGAGCACUCUACCAUUAUAUACGAAAGCCCCCAACCUGAUACCCCUUUGCUCAGACUGGCAUGGAACAAACAGGACCUGCGGUAUAUGGCCACAAUUCUGAUGGACAGCAACAAAAUUGUUAUUUUGGACAUUCGCUCACCAAGUGUGCCGGUUGCUGAAUUGGAGAGGCAUCAUUCCAGUGUCAAUGCUAUAGCCUGGGCGCCUCGGAGCUGCAGGCAUAUUUGUUCCGCAGGGGAUGACAAGCAGGCCCUCAUCUGGGAGCUGCCUAUGGUUGCAGGCCCCAAUGGCAUUGAUCCAAUGUCCAUGUAUUCUGCUGCAUUUGAAAUUAACCAGUUGCAGUGGUCUGCCGCCCAACCUGAUUGGAUUGCUUUAGCAUUUUCCAACAAAAUGCAGCUUUUGAAAGUUUGAGGACUGAGAACAUUUUCCACUGUGCCUCUACCUACUGUGCAUCUACUGUCAUAUCCUUACCUUUUGUUUUUCAAUCACGUUAUAUAAGCCUGAUGUCUUCCUAUAAGUUUAGUUUUACGUUAGUGCUAAGUUGUUACUAGGCUAAUAUAAAUGUUGGUGCUUCUUCUGGCUAACAGACAACACAUUCUAUGUUAACUCGCUUGAAUUCUUGAAAUUCAAUCAAAACUUAAGUAGGCCACUUUCUUGUUUAAG